GUACAGUUUGCCGCGCGGUUCGAUGAAGUGCAGUGGAUUUCCUGGAGAAUUGAGUGUAAAAUCACUAAUUUUGUGGUACACAUAGUGUAAAUAGCAGUUGGAACACUGGUUCUUUGGGAUUUGAUUGAAGACUUGUUAUACAUCACGCGCACGCAAAAGCUCCAAGGAUACAGCGAUUGUGUGUUUAUCGGCGGUAAACACAGGCACGAAACCCAUUCGAGAUCAGAGUAGUCUUGCUUUUGAAGAAUCAACACAUCCCGCAGUAUCUGCAGAAUGAAGAUUGAAGAAGUGAAAAGUACGGUGAAAACCCAGCGAAUCGCCGCUCACAGCCACGUGAAGGGGCUGGGGCUGGAUGAGGCAGGAGUCCCUUUGCAGAUGGCAUCCGGUUUGGUGGGACAAAAGGAUGCACGUGAAGCAGCCGGCGUUGUGGUGGAUCUGAUAAAGUCGAAGAAAAUGUCCGGAAGAGCGCUGCUGCUUGCUGGACCACCGGGAACCGGCAAAACGGCUAUUGCCCUUGCCAUUGCACAGGAGCUCGGCAACAAGGUGCCAUUCUGUCCGAUGGUCGGUUCGGAAGUGUUUAGCAGCGAGAUCAAAAAGACGGAGGUGUUGAUGGAAAACUUCCGCCGCUCGAUUGGGCUGCGUAUUCGCGAAACGAAGGAAGUUUACGAAGGGGAAGUUACCGAGCUGACGCCGGUCGAGACGGAAAACCCGAUGGGAGGGUAUGGCAAGACGAUUAGCAACGUGGUAAUUGGACUUAAGACGGCCAAAGGCACCAAACAGCUAAAGCUCGAUCCGAGCAUCUACGAAACGUUGCAGCGGGAGAAGGUCGAAGUUGGCGAUGUGAUUUACAUCGAAGCCAACAGUGGCGCAGUGAAGCGUCAAGGUCGCAGCGACAACUUCGCCACCGAGUUCGAUCUGGAAACGGAGGAGUAUGUGCCGCUGCCGAAAGGUGAGGUGCACAAGAAGAAGGAAGUGGUGCAAGACGUGACGCUGCACGAUUUGGACGCGGCCAAUGCACGGCCCCAGGGCGGCCAGGAUGUGCUUUCGAUCGUGGGUCAAAUGAUGAAACCGAAGAAGACGGAAAUCACGGACAAGCUGCGCACGGAGAUCAACAAGAUCGUGAACAAAUACAUCGACCAGGGCAUAGCGGAACUCGUUCCGGGUGUGCUGUUCAUCGACGAGGUACACAUGCUCGACCUAGAGUGUUUCACGUACUUGCACAAAUCGCUCGAAUCGGCCAUCGCUCCAAUCGUCAUCUUUGCCACGAACCGGGGCCGUUGCGUGAUACGCGGUACGGACGAUAUCGUUUCUCCGCACGGCAUUCCGCUGGAUUUGUUGGAUCGUUUGCUGAUCGUCCGCACGAAACCGUACAAUAUGGGCGAGAUGGAACAAAUUAUACGUCUGCGGGCACAAACGGAAGGUUUGAAUGUGGAGGACACAGCCAUACAGGCGCUCAGUGAAAUCGGUUCGAAUACGACGCUCCGGUACGCGGUGCAGCUACUGACACCGGCCAACCAGACGAGCAAGGUAAAUGGGCGUACGCAGAUCACCAAAGACGACAUUAUGGACGUACAUUCCCUGUUUUUGGAUGCGAAGCGAUCGGCCAAGUUUUUGCAGGAGGAAAACACAAAGUACAUGUUGUAAGCAUGAUGGCCUGAGGAUGAUGGGCUGAGAACUCUCUUUGACAUUCAGAUCACUAAUGUAAAGCGUAAAUAAAAGAAACUCCAAGUUCCG